AUUCCAAAUAACCCCGUCACUGAGAGUCAACUGCAUCGUCUACCAUGAAAUUCGCGUCCACGAUUGCCGCCGUUCUCCUCACCAUUCCAUUCAUGACCGGUGCUGCCGCUUGCUCACCUGCAUGUUGCGAUAUCAUUGUGAACUCCGUCGAACCCGCCGGAACCUCUGGCAUCAGCUGCACCCCAGGUGGUAUUGACUGUGGUUUUGUAGGCCAAAUAACAGCAUGUUGUCAGAGCGUGAACCCCUUGACUCGUAUCGGGAUUAAGUGUACCGCUGUUUAAAGAAGGGUGUUUGAGAACGUCCAUAUUUUCAUGAUCAAUGCCAGUCAGGAUGUAAAUUGUGCAAUUGGAAGUUAUCUGCGGGUUUGGACCCUCCAUUUACAUAGUCCUGUGUUUACCGCGCCCCCGAAACCGCGCUAGAAAAUGUUUAUGUAAUCUUCGGACUCUGAAA